AGGUGAAAGUUUUUAAAGUGGGUGAGAUGGGAAAGGUGGUGGUGUUGCUCUUUUUCUUUAAGGAGGGUGCUUGUGUUUUCACUGUGUUGCCAAACAGGAAGAGUUUAUGAUCCAACAUUUUUAAGAGUUUUGAGUUGGCAUGAACUUACAUCUCUAACCAGAACGAGUGGAAACUAUUCCCUUCGGCAUCCUUCAACAUUUUCUAAUUUUACAAAUGAAGGUUUUGAAAUAUUCCGUCCAAGAAUGAAAAGCAAAGAGAUGUAGAUGAUAUAUUUAGAUUCAUCUUUCAGACAUUGUUUUAACAUGAGACCACCCUUUGACAUUGUAAUAAUCACAGACUUUCAGAACUCGAAUCUAAACAUUUAGUAUUUUCUUAUUUGCACCUUUUGUCUUUAUUAAAACGGCUGCGUAAGAAAUGGCAGUUGUCACCCAAAGCUCUUCACUAGUACGCGGGUGUUUGAUCAAUGUCAGCCUUAAUUUUUUGAAUUGUUUGCUUAGCAAAUACUGUAUUUAGUGAACACCUUUUCAUCUCCAGCCUCCUGGAUGGUAUUAUCUACCAUUUACUGAAUAUCUCUUAUGCAUAGACACUGGGGAUACAAAGUAGACAUGGUCAUUUCCCUCCAGAGAUUACCAGCCGCCUGAUGGCAUUGAAACGAAUGGGAAUUGUAAGCGACUAUGAGAAAAUCCGUACCUUUGCUGUAGCAAUAGUAGGUGUUGGUGGAGUUGGUAGUGUGACUGCUGAAAUGCUGACAAGAUGUGGCAUUGGUAAGUUACUACUCUUUGACUAUGACAAGGUGGAACUGGCCAAUAUGAAUAGACUUUUCUUCCAACCUCAUCAAGCAGGAUUAAGUAAAGUUCAAGCAGCAGAACAUACUUUGAGGAACAUUAAUCCUGAUGUUCUUUUUGAAGUACACAACUAUAACAUAACCACAGUAGAAAACUUUCAACAUUUCAUGGAUAGAAUAAGUAAUGGUGGAUUAGAAGAUGGAAAACCUGUUGACCUAGUUCUUAGCUGUGUGGAUAAUUUUGAAGCUCGAAUGGCAAUAAAUACAGCUUGUAAUGAACUUGGACAAACAUGGAUGGAGUCUGGGGUCAGUGAAAAUGCAGUUUCGGGGCACAUACAGCUUAUAAUUCCUGGAGAAUCUGCUUGUUUUGCGUGUGCCCCACCACUUGUAGUUGCUGCAAAUAUUGAUGAAAAGACUCUGAAACGAGAGGGCGUUUGUGCAGCCAGUCUUCCUACCACUAUGGGCGUGGUUGCUGGGAUCUUGGUACAAAAUGUGUUAAAGUUUCUGUUAAAAUUUGGUACUGUUAGUUUUUACCUCGGAUACAAUGCAAUGCAGGAUUUUUUUCCUACUAUGUCCAUGAAGCCAAAUCCUCAGUGCGAUGACAGAAAUUGCAGGAAACAGCAGGAAGAAUAUAAGGAAAAGGUAGCAGCACUGCCCAAAAAGGAGGUUGUUCAAGAAGAGGAAGAGAUAAUACAUGAAGACAAUGAGUGGGGUAUUGAGUUGGUAUCUGAGGUUUCAGAAGAGGAACUGAAAAAUUCUUCAGGUCCAGUUCCUGACUUACCUGAAGGAAUUACAGUGGCCUAUACAGUUCCCCAAAAGCAAGAAGAUUCUGUUCCUGAUGUAACAGUGGAAGAUUCUGGUGAAAGCUUGGAAGAUCUCAUGGCCAAGAUGAAGAAUAUGUAGAUAAUGGACUGGACUAUAUUUUAUUUUCUGUGUUUAAACCUAUUCCUUUGCAAUUAAAAAAAGUCAAUUUUAAAACUGACAAAACUUAGGGCAACAUCAAUUGAUGUGUAUUCUUUGCUAAAUUGUUACACUUUUGAAAAUACUGUUACUGUUGCUUGUUGUUACCUCACCCUUAACUAAAUCAAUAACUCUCCUAAAACUCAUGUUUCAUUCUAGUAAAAAAAUUUCAAAGGAUUAUUUUAGGCAGUUAUAAGUUUUAUUGAAAACUUAGCCAUUGAAAUGUUUUGGCCUUUUGUGAGGGAUGGAAGAAAGGACCAAUUUGAUGCUGUACACAUUCCUUUUCUUUCCAGUAAUCCUUUGUGGGCAGGGGCAAUAAAGCAGUAUGUGGUCCUGAAAUACCAGGGAAAAGAGCAAGAGGUACAACCUGCUGAUUUGAGCUAGCAGGCCAAGUACUCAUUGUUUUGGAAUUGUUCUCUACAAGAAAACUGCCCACUACUACUAACUUGGCCAGCAAUGAAUUUAAAAUAGUUAACCUAUAAAAUAAUAACAUUCUCUGAAAUGUUUCCUGAUUACAAAUUGAAAUGUAGUCAGUGGAAAAGUUGUAAACUUGUGGGUUAUAUAUUCAAAAUCAGGCCACUAAAAGGAAGUUUUUUUCAUGGGUAGACAGAUAAAGGUACUUUGAGGAAGUACAAAUUAUAUUUCUGCAUUGACCAAGGAAAUCAUUGCAUCUGUGGACAUAUACCUGGAACCACUGUACUUUAUUGAGGAGUAAUGGAUAAAUUUAGGCUAAGAUUAGAUUAUACCCAUGAUAUGGGUUACCUUAUAUUUUAUUUCACUUAAAUGUGAUUCCCCAGGUAAUUAAAUGUUGGAAAGGGUUUAUCCUGGAUAGGGCAUUAACGAGGCCUAAAGUGCCUCUGAAAUGAUUGAUAAUAUUUAUUUACUGGAAGAGUAUCAUUUUCCCAGUUCAUGACCUCUAAAUCAUAAAUUGAUAAAACUGUUUUUUCCUAGAGUUGUAUAUAAAUAAUGAAGGCUUAGAGAGCCUUGGUUGAAAUAAAAUUCCAGUGGUUUGGAGACCAGUAUAAAAACA